AGCACAGCCAGAAGAGCAUCACUACCUGUUCAGUAAUACACAGCAACCGCAAGGGAUUUUCACAGGAUUGUACAACCUGGGACACUCGUAAUUAAGGCAGAUAUCUUCUAUUGGCGCCCGUAUUUCUUUUUUAAAAUGUGUUCUGGAGGCUGUGCAAAAUGCUUGGGUAUUGCCCUAAUUCCUCUAGCUAUUCUGUGUGUGCUGGCUAAUAUCCUGUUGUUUUUCCCUGGCGGAAAAGUUGCUUCUCAAAACAGUAACAUUUCAGAUGAAGUGUGGUACUUUGGAGGGAUCUUGGGUUCCGGGGUUCUGAUGAUUUUUCCAGCUCUGGUAUUUCUUGGUCUGAAAAACAAUGACUGCUGUGGGUGUUGUGGUAAUGAGAGCUGCGGGAAAAGAUUUGCAAUGUUUUCAUCAAUUCUAUUUGCUGCUAUUGGAUUUGUAGGAGCUGGUUACUGCUUUAUCAUUUCAGCAGUUGCUAUAAAUAAAGGACCCAAGUGUUAUACAGGAGUUUUAGGUGGUUGGCAGUACCCCUUCACGGAUGGAAAUUACCUGUCUAACACAAAUCUAUGGAAUCUCUGUCAACAACCUACUGAUAUCGUCCCAUGGAAUCUUACCCUCUUCUGCCUGCUACUGAUAAUGAGUGGGGUUCAAGCUGUUCUUUGUGCUAUUCAAGCUAUUAACGGGCUCAUUGGCACAAUUUGUGGAGACUGUAGGUGCUGUGGAUGUUGUGGGGGUGAUGGACCUGUUUAACUUCUGCCUGACAUCAACACAAAUCCUAUUGAAAUUGCUUCAAAAUGUAUGGAAAAGGUUUUGCACAGGAAACAAGACUCAUGAAUGAAGGUCAAAGAUGAAGAACUGUCCUUAGUAAGAUCUGAGUUGAUCUUCAAUAAAGCAACACACAAGUUUUUAUCCCCA